AUGGCGUCUGCUGCUAUAUUUUCUUCGUUAAGAAGACGGAGGUCGCCGUCGAUCGAGGCUUUCUUGGCGCCGGUGGAUCUGGCUGAUGUGGCGUUGUUAGAGACACUAGCGACGGUGUCGGUGGAGCUGAUUUCGGUGUUUUCAGGAAAAACGGUGGCGUUUCAGCGAAAGAAUUCGAGGUCGCUGAUAAGGAAAAUUGAGCUAUUUGUGGUUCUAAUUGAGUUUGUUCGUGAUUCGGGUUUGGCGUUUCCUUCGACGGCGAAUUUGUGCUUCAAAGAGAUGUAUUUGUUGUUGUAUCGGUCGAAGAUUUUGCUUGAUUACUGCUUUCAAUCAAGUAAGUUAUGGCUUUUGCUUCAAAACCAUACGAUUUCUGGUCAUUUUCAUGAUUUGAAUCAAGAAAUUUCGACCCUUAUGGAUGUCUUUCCACUUCAAGACUUGAAUCUUGAUCAUGAUGAUGUGAGAGAACAGAUUGAAUUGUUGAAAAGGCAAUCGAAAAGUGCAAAAUUGUUGAUUGAUAAGCAUGAUGAGUCCUUGAGGCUCAAACUUUAUUCGUUUCUGAAUGAAUUUGAGAACGGGAAAAUUCCUGAUCCGGUGGAAUUGUAUACGUUUUUCGUGGAAAAGUUGGGAAUUUGCGAUGUUAGAAGUUGUAGGGUUGAAAUUGAGUUUCUUGAAGAGCAAAUUGUUAAUCAUGAGGGGGACGUUGAACCUAAUGCCUCGGUGCUUAAUGGGUUUGUGGCUUUGACUCGGUAUUGUAGGUUUUUGUUGUUUGGGUUUGAGGGUGGUGAAGUGGAAUUGGAGAUUGGGAAACAUAAGAAGCCCAAAAAAAGUUUGAUCACUCGGGAAAUCGCGGAGACGUUUAUCACCAUUCCCAAGGAUUUCUGUUGCCCUAUAUCAUUGGAUUUGAUGAGAGAUCCAGUGAUAAUGUUGACUGGACAGACUUAUGAUCGAGCUUCGAUAUCUAGGUGGAAGGAGGAAGGGCAUUAUACUUGUCCAAAUACGAGGCAGACGCUUGUUCAUACUCGGCUUGUGCCCAAUCGGGCUCUAAGGAAUUUGAUUGUGCAGUGGUGCACUGCUCAUGGAAUCCCCUAUGACCCGCCAGAGACGUUGGAGUCGUCUUGUGAAACGUUUCCUGCUGCCUCAGCAAGUAAGGCUGCAAUUGAAGCUAAUAAAGCCACCGCAGGACUUCUCAUUCAGCAGCUAGCAAAUGGGUCACAGGGUGCGAAGACAAUUGCUGCCCGGGAGAUACGAUUGUUAGCAAAAACUGGAAGGGAAAAUCGGGCUUAUAUUGCAGAGGCUGGCGCCAUACCCCUUUUGAAAGAUCUGCUUUCAUCCCCAAAUGCUGUUGCACAAGAGAAUUCUGUGACUGCGAUGCUUAACUUAUCCAUUUAUGACAAGAACAAAAGCCGGAUAAUGGAUGAACAUGGAUGUUUGGGAUCAAUUGUUGGAGUUUUGAGAUUUGGACACACAAUCGAGGCCAGGGAAAAUGCUGCAGCGACCUUGUUCAGCCUCUCUGCAGUUCAUGACUAUAAGAAGAGAAUAGCAGAGGAAAAUGGAGCAGUUGAAGCCUUGGCAGGGCUGUUGAGAGAUGGGACACCCAGAGGAAAGAAGGAUGCAGUGACGGCUUUAUUUAAUCUAUCCACUCAUACAGAUAAUUGCAUGAGAAUGAUAGAGUCAGGGGCUGUAACAGCACUAGUCCGGGCCUUGGGAUAUGAAGGUGUUGCAGAAGAAGCAGCAGGUGCAUUGGCCUUGGUUGUUAGGCAGUCAACUGGGGCUGAAGCAGUUGGAAAUGAGGAAAUGGCUGUAGUGGGGCUAAUUGGAAUGAUGCGGUGUGGGACACCAAGAGGGAAAGAAAAUGCAGUUGCGGCAUUGCUAGAAUUGUGUCGUAGUGGUGGAGCUACUGCAACUGAGAGGGUGUUGAAGGCGCCAGCAUUGGCUGGUUUGCUUCAUACUCUGCUCUUCACGGGGACAAAACGAGCGAGGAGAAAAGCAGCAUCACUUGCUAGAGUUUUCCAGAGGUGUGAGAAUGCACCUUUGCAUUAUGGUGGGUUGGGUGUAGGGUAUGCACUUGCAAGGAACUCAGCCGCGACUAGGGAUUCAAGUUUUGCAGGUGACGUUGCGAUGUCAAUGUCCAUUUCAGUACCAGUAUUAUUAUAG